AUGAACGUUGAGACGGCAAAUGUUGGACCAGGAGUUCCCGAAGACCGAAUUCUGCAGAUCCAUAACGAAAAGGCUAAAGCACCCGAAGUUUGGCCGACUAGCAUGUGGGGAUUGGCAGCGAAUGAGCAACCCCAGGCUGCGGAGAGGACAAAGGACGCGACGACAUCGGCAGCAUUGCAAAGCUUAGACCAAAUAGCGGGUUUCGGAGGUGAUCCGGAAAAGCCGAAAAUGACGGGAUAUUUCUAUUUCCUCGACUCAGAGGGAGAAAUCCGGGGAUCUCCACAAAAUGCGGAGAAUGCAUACAUACCCCUCUGUUUCACUUUAAGGCUGUUGGAAUCGGCACUUCUUAUUUACCUGUAA